CGACAUGCUAUUAACAGAUAACGCCGUUCAUGUAAGCAACCAAGACCAUGUCAUAAGUGAUCACCAAAUGUAUUUAAUGUCAUACUCAAACAGUCUACGUUACUAUACAUCCACCUGCCACAUUAGGCAAUAUCAUUUUGAUUGCGAGUGUCACAUUAAGUUAAACGGUGAUAUCCACCGACAUGCUAUAAAUAGAUAACGCCGUUUGUGUAAACAAAGUGCAUGAUGUUCUCUUGACAUGGUGGUCAGAAAAUGUGUAUUAUGUCAUACUCAAACAGUCAUACAUUGCACGCUAUAUUUCCACUUGCCACACAAGGUAUUGUAAUAUUAAUUGCGAGUUUCACAUUAAGUUAAAAGGCGAUGUCCGCCAACAUGCUAUUAAUAGAUAACGCCGUUUGUGUAAACAAACAAUAUGAUGUACUGUAAACAGAAGCGAACACUAAAUGUUUUAAACUACAUACUGUAUUCAAACAGUCAUAUGUUAUACGCUUUAUUUCCAUCUGCCAAACAAGGUAUUGCCAUUUUAAUUGCGAGUGUAACACUGUUAAACGGCGAUAUCCGCCGGCCUGCUAUCAAUAGCCUAGAUAACGUCGUUCAUGUAAACAAACAAUAUGAUGUACUGUAAACGUUAAUAAACGGCUCGUUGCCGGUACUUGCAUAGUAUGAAUGAAGAGUAUCUGUAGAAUACAUUAAAUUGAAUCGUUGCAUUUUUCAUCAUCAUUACAUACACUAUAUAAAUGAAGAGUAUCUGUACAAUACAUUAUAUUAUCAUGAAAAGUAUCCUGCACUUUGUCCUCAUAAUUUGAAGAUUCAUCAGUUAAAAACUACUUAAAAGACAGAAUAAAAUAUGAUUUUAGCCCAUCCCCCACUCUCUUUUUCACACCAAUUCUGUGAGUUUUUUCACAAGUUUAUUUUUUUAUUCUUAUUGUUUGACUAUUCAUAUGUUGUUGUGUGACUGUUUUUACAUAAAGUACAUUUUCUUAUUUGAAUUUCAUAAUAUCUUACUUCAAAUACACAUUUUUGUUAUCCCCCUGGUUCUUACUUAGGGCUGGUGCCUGCUGACAAAUUUCCCCUUAUAAAAUUGUCCGACAUUGUACCACUGCACAGUUCAAGCAAGCAUGCAUCAUCUAACUAGCUUACUACCUGUUAAAGACAUCUGAUCAGCGGUGAUAGGUUACCAACUUUCAUCAGUAGCAUUACAUGAGUGUGUGUUUAUGUGUUCAAUGCAUGCUUACAUUCAGUGUUUACAUAAUUGCAACUUGUUAUUGUUUUUUUUUCUUAUUAAGAUGAGCACAAAAAGCCACAAAGCUAUUGGAGAUGGAGAGUGGAUGUCCAGGCUGAGGGCAUUUGCCAGCUCUGGGGUUUGGCCUUCUGGAGCAGGCAAUAGACCAGCCCCAAGGCAGCGGAAGUGGCAUGACCUCUAUCAGAAAAUUGAGAAGUGCCCCAUGCAGACCCGUGGUCAGACAACCCUCUUUGGAGGGUCCACAGGCUGUAAUUGUGGUUUUCAUGCUGUUCAGCAGCCGGCCCCUCAUGUUCACCAGCAGCAGUCUGUGGCCUCAGGCUCUACCCUGAGUGUGACUGCUGCCCCUGACUCAGAACCUGGUGCUACAGCCCCGCAGUCUUUCCUGCGUCCCCCUCCUAGUUUGGCAAUGUUCACUAAAUCACGUUUUGGUGGGUCGGUCUCACCAAAGCCAAAUUUAGUGGCUAGGAGGACCCCAAGCCCUUCACCUGCUCCAUCCUCUGUGAGGACUCCUUUUACGGCCUCCGUGAGGACCCCCAGCCCUGCUCCACCCUCUGUGAGGACCCCUAGCCCUGCUCCACCCUCUGUGAGGACCCCUAGCCCUGCUCCACCCUCUGUGAGGACCCCCAGCCCUGCUCCACCCUCUGUGAGGACCCCUAGCCCUGCUCCACCCUCUGUGAGGACCCCCAGCCCUGCUCCACCCUCUGUGAGGACCCCCAGCCCUGCUCCACCCUCUGUGAGGACCCCCAGCCCUGCUCUAUCCUCUGUGAGGACCCCUAGCCCUGCUCCACCCUCUGUGAGGAGACCCAGCCUGGCAGCAGCCUCUGAUGAGUCUGGAGGAGUUCACCCAGCGCCUGCUGGCGACGCAGCUUCAUUCUGGUUGCCGGGGGAAAUGAGCAAGACCCUCCCUGUGCAGGACCAGAGGUGGAUUGCAAACACCCUCUUUAAUUCUGGUAAACUGCUGCCAGAUUUGAAGCUGUGGUACGAGCCGCCCGUUCCAGCCGUCAUUUAUCACCAGACACAACACCGGACCGUUUCUUCACCCAUCGGCUGAUGGUGUGGAUGCCCUACCACCUGUGGAAGGUGAGGGUGUCCUGCCCAGCUUGUGGGAAGCAGCUGACAGGCUAUGGUGUCCACAAGAGGGCUCGGAAGGUCCUGGAUGUUGACAGGUAUUACCUGUUGGUGACAG